AUGGACCAAUCAGGCCAUCAACAAUCAUCGUCUAUUGUGACCAGCCGUACAGAUACUGAGUUGGUACAAAAUGAUCCUCCUUUACAUAGAGGCCGAAUUAUUCAUAAAACUUUGAUGCACUUUGGGACAGAGUCAUUGACUGGCCGAGAUAUUACACUUUCCUUUGGUAUUGGGAAAUUCAUAGACCCUGUGUUCAUGGAUGCAUUUGUCAAAUGCAUAGCUGAAGAUGACUUUAAUGUUCGUCCUGAAUGCCAUGGGUUCAGAAUAUUCCUACAACCUCUUGUCUCGCCUCAAUGCAGCCAGGACAUUGUACUAGAAACUAUCAAGCGAUGCCUCCCCACGACUGACUUACAAAAGGCAAAGAUGAUAUUUCUUCCGGUUUUACAUCUUAGUCACUGGUCUGUAUAUUGUAUCAAUCUUGGCCAAUCCCGUGUCGAUGUCCUAGACUCAAUGAACUAUACUUCUAACAAUGAGUUUAUUGAGUUCUAUGACGGUGAGGGCCAUGGUUCUCUUCACACUACUCUAGAUCCGGAUCGAUCAAAGGAGAUGAGGGCAGAAAUGCUACAAUAUCUAGCCUUUCAUACUGCCAACAAAUUAGCUUUCCACCAGUACGAGACGUCUUCUUCUUCUGCACUCCAUCAGCAACAGUGGCAUGCCAAUAGCACGAAAAUGAAAAGAGGAAACAUGGCAACAGGAAGCAAAGGAAACAAAGGAAAAGGAGUAUCGAUGCGGAUCGAGAUAGAAGGAACGUUCAACAUGCGGAUGGAGAUAGAAGGAAAGUUGGAUGAGAAGUGGAAUUCUAACAAACGAGGAGUAUGGUGCUUGGAUUGGUGGAAGGAAAUGAUGGAUUUAUACAAAGAUGGAAAGGAUUUGGAAUUACCAUUAGAAAUGAAAUGUAGACCAGCAUGGUUUGAGAAGAUGCAAGCAGCAGCAGCAUAUGGGACUUCGACACUCAGCAGGGAAGAAAAAGAAGAUAUGGCUGCAAGGUUUCCCACCGAUGAGGAGCAGUACGAUGAGACGCAUUGGUACAAUCGGGCUUGGCAUGAUGUAUGGGAUGAAGAUGUGUGGGGCUUGUGCGCUAUAUGCGGAUUUCAACACCAUGAUCCAAAAAAUUGUCCAUCUCCAUUGAAGAUGCGGCAGGAGCUAGAUGGAACGUUGGAUGAGAAGUGGAAAUAA